CAAAUACUUGCGACAGACAGUGGAUAAUUGCACCUUGAUCGUACUUGGCUAUCUCCGAAUUUUUCCUGCUCCCAUACAGGAUUCCAAUUGGAUCGACAACUCAGGCUAAUUGGGGCAGGAGCCUACUGUCUUGAGCAACAUCGAACGAAGUGAACCCACCACGAGACCAGAUCCACUUCAUAGCUCGCAACGGACUUCAUCAACGAAAGCGCAGUAUGUGCUAGCACAUCUAGCUUAUCCCGCGGUCAUCUUAGCUAUUGGUUCCUCAUCAAUUCGACUCACGAGAUUACUGGCAAGCUGCCUCUGGAGACCUCAGGGAUUGUCUGAGGUGGCCGUUCAUCUCAUCGGAGCUCUCAUUCGACCCUGGCGCGAACCUCACUAUCGUCGACUUCUGAGCAAUCAUACAUCAACCCAGGAUGUCCGACUUAGUAGAGUAUUCAGUUGUCAAUGUGUGUCGAAGCGACGGCCAGGACAAUGGAGCGGGUUACUGGCCAACUCCUGCCGAUACGGCUGCGAAGAACGCGAAGAAGACAGCACUGGAGAAGGUACCGAGAGCGAAACCUCAAAUGGUGCGGCUAGACAAAGAUGACGCAAGAUUUCAAGAAUGGCGCAUAAAGCUGGGAAUCUUGUUAAAGCAAGAACUCUCUCCGACAGAGGGUCUCCCCUGGCUCCUGCAUUUUCCACGGGGCUACUGGCUGUACGAAAAAUCCAAGCAUCUUUGGGUCUCGGGGCAUCCAGUAAAGUCGAAGCUUUACAAGAGCCCGCAGGAAUUUGGUCUUCAUGUCCUAUGGCUCCUGUCUGGCUCGAUGGACCGAACUGACUGCCGUUGCAUUCACUGCAACGUUCGCGAAAUGCCAAAUAUGGAGGAUUUGACUGUCUCGGAUGUUCCUCGGCCUCUGCCAGCAGCAAACAACACUCAGCCACCGUCCAAGAUGCGCAAGAUCACACCUCAAAUACCCCCAGGCGUUGCGGCGUCCCCGAUACCCGUUCCCGCGGCGGCGUCAACGCCUCCAAUCGCGAAGAAGGAGACACCUGUGCCAGUGCCCAUCCCAAUGGCGAAGAAGGAAACUCCAGUUCCGAUACCGACGAUACCCUCACGCGCGGUGCCCUCCCCCGCCCCGGUGCAAGCUCCAGUUCAGCCAAAGCCUCCUGUGCAGCAACAGCAGCAGCAGCACCCUCCUCAGCCGAUCCAGGCAACUCCUGUUCAUCCGCAAGCUCAGGCCCCAUCACAGGUUCCCGUUCAACCUCAAGUCCAACAACCAGUCCAGCAACAAAUCCAGCAGCCGACCCAGCAGCAACAGCAAGUUCAGCAACAGCCUGCACCAGCUCCGACCCAGGCUCAACAGCAGGUUCAACCUCAGGUACAUGCGCCGGCACCGCCGGUCUAUCAGCAACCGCAGUUCCUGCCUUACCCGCCGCCUUACGGUGGAAUUGUAGCUCCGGCGCUGUUCCGUGUCGGAGAACUGGUUUGGUUCCAGAUAUCGUCAGGGUGGCGUUUGGGCAUCGUGGCUGCUACUGGUAUUAUCAACCCUAAUACCAACAAAGCCGAGCUUCAGAUUCUCCCAAUGUCACAUGUCAACUUCAAUCAGUCGCCCAUUCAGACACUGGAAGCGACAACGCGCCCGUUUCUUGCAUUUUCGGUGCCUAACGUCAGCAUUUCGGAUCUCCAAAAUAAGGCCUACGACGAGGUCGACUGGGAUGCCUUCUUCCAGACGAUUACUCCGGAAGACACGCACCGCCGCGAGGUUGCGCUACUCGACUCCUCCAAGAUGGCCGCCCAGAAGGUUGGCGUGUCGUUCUCGGUCUUCAGUCGACUUUCCGAGACAAAUGGGGGCAAGAAGAUUGACUACCACGGUAUUUUCCUGGGCGCCGAGCGGAUUGAACUUGGUGAUGUCUUGCGCGUGCGUCUUUCUGCUGAACAAGGCGUGCCUCCCGCGGCAGCGAACCUCCCCGACGCACUCCUCGGCCUCCGUGAGAUCUGCACGGCGCCCAUCGAUUCACCCGGUAACGCAUUCUUCAAGGGGGAUAUUUAUCAGCCCAUCACCGGCGACAACCAACCCGUGAGUGGCAUCCCGGUACCGGAUGACAAACUCCCGCGCCCACUGCGCGACGAGAUUGCGUUCCGCAAUAAGUUUGCCGCGAGCGACCGCUGGCGCUGCGUGCUCCUCAAGCAGAACGCUGUCCUUCGCGAGCCGGAUCUCAAGGGCCGAUUCUACCCCACGCAUAAGCUCCUACCCCUGCUCGAUGGCCAAGCCAAAGUUCUUGCUGAGGUGCAGAAAGGCAUCGUGCGUGACGUGCAGCAGCGACUCAACCAGCGCAUCGACACCUUCAAGACGGCGUACAUUGGCCAGAAGCGGACCCGCGUCGAGACAAUCGGGCCUGCCCUGCCUCCUGGCAGCGUGAUCCAGUUUGAGCAAUCCGUACGUGAGGAUGGCGCCUAGGCGGGACGCCUACGACGUCGUUAAGGUGAGAUGUGUCUCAUUUCUGACGAAGGAAUAUGAGACGGUACUUGUUAGGAUAGACAGGCAUCAGAACCCUGUAUAGAAUAGGAA